AUGCUUUUUUAUACAUUUUUAUUUCGUUGUCUGGCUUUGUGCGUUUGUGAUUUUUCAAAGUCAAAACAGUGUUUUGGGAAGAAACUUCUUUCGUUUUGGAUAGUAUUGGGGUGCUUUUUAUUUGCAUCGUUUUUAAUUGAUCAGAACGGGAAAUUACUAAUAUUUAUAAAUAAAACUAUU